UUGUUUAUUUUUCGAUUUGUUAAAAAUAAAAUAAUUGAAAAUGCCUGCAAAUACAGACGUUAAUAAUAAAGUUACAUCUGACGGGGAAUCUCCAUUAAAAGUUAUUGAAGAAAUAACUGAGGUAAAAACUGACGUUGCUGUCGACGAACUUGUGGAGAAAGCAACAAAAGUGGAAGUGACGGCGCCAAGUUAUAAUUUAGCAAAAUUCAAGCUGACACGGAUUUUACAAAAUAAUACUCUCCGAAAAACAAUAGCGUUGCUGGGUACAUUUCCUGAUGUGUCUGAGGAUGACGUAGCUGUUCUGCUACUUGAGAAACAAGCUUUCAAAGAGCGCGAUGUUCAAACUGAACUUGAUAAUAUUUCAGAACCUACUCCCCGGAUAUUCAGUGAUUCUUUACAAGUGAACACGGAAUUCAUUAAUAAUAUUUAUGGCAGUUUCCAAUGCGUCCCCAGUUCAGAAUUAAAUAAUAUUAAAACGACUGUGGUUUAUCCUGCCACUGAAAAGCAUAUUGAAAAGUAUUCAAUAACACAAAAAUAUCUAAUUAAAGAAACUCCAACUUUAUAUGAGGAACUGACUUUGCCUUUUAUAACGGGCAGUCAUUUCAGUCUCGACUGGGUAUAUAAUAUACUAGAACACCGUCAAGAAACCGAUCGCAUAGUUUAUGAAGAUUUUGAUCCGGAAAAGGGUUUCGUACUCUUACCCGAUUUAAAAUGGGAUGGCAAAACUUUGGAAACACUGUAUUUGCUUGCCAUUAUACACAAGCAUGAUAUUAAAUCUUUACGGGAUCUUAACCAUACACAUUUACCACUUUUACACAACUUACGUGAUGGGAUUGCGGUCGCUAUAGAAGAACGUUACGGUUUAUCUGCUUCACAAUUGCGAAUGUAUUUUCAUUAUCAACCAUCUUUCUAUCACCUGCAUUUACAUAUAAAUCCAGUGCGUGGUGAUGCGCCAGGUAUAUGGUGUGAAAAAUCGCAUAUGUUGGAUACGGUCAUUAGUAAUAUAGAGUUAAUGUCAGACUAUUACCAACGCGUCACAUUGCCGUUUGUUUUGUUCGAGGGAAGUAAACUGUUGGAUGAAUAUGAGGCGAAAGGAGCUGUACAAAAACGUGGGAAGGCAGUGACUGACGGUAAGCAACUAGAUGAAAAGUCACAUGAUAAAAGUCGAAAGUCUAAUUCAAUUGAAUCACCACAAGCACAAAAAGUGAAUCUAAAAAAUUCACAAGUAGAAGUAGAGGAACCGCCCAAAAAGAAGUUAAAAGAAACAAUAGAAUCGGAUCAGCCACCAAAAGUUAUAGUGGUUGCUGCAGAAUAAGAUGAGAUCUCGAGUUUACACAACAAAAAAUAAAGCGUUUGUUUACCUUCAUUUAUUUCCAACAUAAAAGAAAUCUAUUUGCCCAAGACACACAUUUUAGCUUCCGCAUAGUAAUCGUAUUUAUACUAUUAUUGCCAAUGGUGCUAAGAUAGUGUGCUAUUAAAAAACUUCACAAACAAAUUUUUAAACAACAAAAAUAAAUGGAAAGUACUCAAAAAGUCA